AUGAUUGCUGUGGAUGAAGCCAGCAGCUUGGCAUCCCUGGUCACGUCCACUGACGACCCAGCGGCAAGGGACUGCAAAAACUACCGCGCGGUGGCGCAGAACCUGAAUGUCAGAUUUCUUGGGCCGGAGCGCUCGGCAGCGGUGGGACCUGUCUAUGUCGCGUACCGCCGCUUCGGUCCUCUUGAUCUGCUCGCGCCGCUGACAGGCCUGCAGCGGCCGCUGGUGCUAGUGAUCGGCAUCGGCUGCACGAUGAGCGACUGGACGCCGCGGCUGCUGCGCGCUCUGGCGGCCGACCGGGAGGUCAUAAUCUUUGACAACGCCGGAAUAGGCGCCUCCACCAUCGCGUCAGACGGCAUUCCUGCUGCAGCCGACUACUUCCGCUUCCAGGCGCAGACCGUGGCCGGCCUCAUAGCCGCAAUUGGUCUCAGCCAGCCGGACAUCCUGGGCUGGUCCCUGGGCGCCAAGGUGGCGCUGCACGUGGCGGUCUACCACGGAGAUGCCGUGCGCAAAGUGAUCUCGGCGGCCGGCUCGGCGGGCGGAACCGGCUCCUCGACGGCGGUGAUCGACGCGGUGAGCCACAUGAGCGUUGCUGCCCGGCUGGGCAGGGCGGGCGCGCUGCUGGAGCGACCCAACAACAUCCGCGCCGAGAAGGCUGUCAUGCCAGUGGAUGUACCAGAGGUGAGUGAGAUCAGGGCACAGGUGGCUGCUGAGGUGGAGUACCACAAAGGUGACGGCAUCGUUCCCCUGCUGCCUAGGGUCACAAACCCGACCCUGGUUGUCACCGCCUCUGAGGACAUCACCAACCCGCCCUCCAACCAGGGGCCGAUUGUGGCGGGAAUUCCAGGGUCGGUUCUGGUGACGUUCCCUGGCUGCGGCCACCUGGCGCUCUUUCAGGAGGUGGACACAUUUGUGGGCCUGGUCAAUAAUUUUACCGCGGCUGCAGGGGCUUUCACUCCCCAGCCAGACCAGUUCUACACCUGCGGCGCUGACGAUGUCAUGCUGCAGACCAGAAAUCUCAGAUAA